AUGCCGCAAGCUGGCCUCGGUGCUUCACAGCACACCAAACAGUGUUUGCAAUAUGCUGUGCUGGCAGACCAUUUCUCUGGAGAUGUCAAAUCUUCAGAAGCCGUUCUCGACAAACUGAGUGAGCCAGUUGAGAAGGAAGUCGGCUCUUCGGGAGACGCUGGGGAGGUGGAAGAACACUUGACGACCACGUGGAAGUCAAUCAUUUCCAAGGCAGCCGAAACAUCUUUCACGGAUUCCAACAUGACCAAGCUAGUGGAUCUCGUCACGGCCUUGCAAAGUAGACCAGACUUGCACAGAGACAGCMAGGUUUUCCGAGUGGAUGACAUGACCGUCUGGCGUGAUCUGCCCAUGUUCGGCCGGCAGAUGCGUGAAGCAUGGAAUCUGGCUGCGGACGAGCGGAGCGAUCAGCAAAGCAAAGACCAAUGGAUCAACGUCAACGCCUUCACUGCUGCAUUGGUAGCUGCCGCUCAUUCGAAAUCGAAUGGAAAGCCUGACUUCUCCCUGUAUUGCAUUUGGACGGUUCGCAGCGGGCUGGAAGAGKAUCUCGAGAUGGUGCCUGAAGUCGCAGUCGCAGCGGCAUCGACGUGGUUUGUUUUUGCGGCUUCUGUAAUUGCAGACUUGUGCCGUCAGGAAAAGUCGUUUGAGGGCAAGAUGGCGAGAGGUGGUUUCUCCUUCCAAGAUCAAGGCUGGACUGGGUUCUCGCCUGGCCGAUGGCACGCCUGGGAACAGAGACUGCAGGAUGUGCAGGGUCGGGUGUCGGAAAAAACGACCAAAGAUCUUGUCGCACAGGCCAUUGACGCCAUCAGCAGGGUCGGCAAAGUAUGA